AGGGCGUGUAGGGCCGUGUGCUUGUGUAUAAUCUUAUCUCAUCAAAAAAUAAAUGAUUGCCGAAGAUAACACCUGAUAAUACUUAAAGAUUGUGUUUUGGUAAACAGUGGAAUAGUUAACAGUUUAAGUGACAACAAUUGAGAAAAGUUCACACUCACACCAUCGCGAAACAAACACUGUUCACAAAAUAAACUAUUACGAAUAGUACAUAUUUAUUAAAACAAAAUGUCUUGCAACUAUGCUGAUGGUUUAUCUCCGUAUGAAUAUAAAGGAGAAGUUGGUAUGAAUGAAGUUUUUGAUACUCCUGAAGUUUUAAAACAAAAAAUUUCACUUCUUGCCGAGUGGAUCAAAGAUUCUAAAUAUACAGUUUUUCAUACAGGUGCUGGUAUAAGUACAUCAGCAGGUAUACCAGAUUUUAGAGGACCAAAAGGAGUAUGGACUUUAGAAAAAGAGGGAAAGAAACCAGAAAUAAGCUUAGAUUUCAAUGAUGCUAAACCAACAGUUACACAUAUGGCAAUCAAAAGCUUGGUCAAAAAAGGUUAUGCAAAAUAUGUUGUCAGUCAGAACAUAGAUGGUUUGCAUUUGAAAUCAGGUUUACUUCGUGAAUAUGUUUCUGAAGUUCAUGGAAAUAUGUUUACUAUGAAAUGUAAUAAAUGCAAAAGGAGCUAUGUCAGUAAGACUGCUGUAAAAACAGUUGGACAACGAUGCUUAAACAUAAGAUGUCUUGGGAAAAAUAAGAAUGGCCAUCAAUGUCGAGGUAUUUUAUAUGAUACAAUAUUAGACUGGGAACAUCAAUUACCAAUCGAAGAGUUAGAGUUAUCGGAGUUACAUUCCAAAAUGGCUGAUUUAUGCAUUUGUCUUGGAACUUCAUUGCAAAUUCAACCAAUCAAUCUGGUUCCAUUUAAUGCGAAAAAAAACAAAGGAAAAGUUGUUAUUUGUAAUUUACAAAAAACAAACUGUGAUCGUAAAGCAGAUUUAGUAAUUCAUACAUAUGUAGACAAUUUGAUGACGUCUUUAAUGGAUAUCCUUGGAGUAGAUAUUGACAAAUAUGAUGAGAUUAAAGAUCCAACAAAUAUAAAUCAUGAAAUCACUGAUUGGUCAAUUUAUGAAAUAGAUUUGAAGAAAGUACGAGAAAUUAAAAGAAACACAACAAAAUCAAAAAAAAGAAAAAAGUCUGUAGUCAAAUUGCCUAAUCCAGAAUCAGAAACUGAAUCACCUCAUAAUAAUCAAAUCCUUAAACCAUCAAAAAUUUCUAAACUCAAUAAUAUUGAUAAUAUUAUAAAAUAAUAACAAAAUAAUUAGGUUUUUGAAAAACAUUUGUAGUAUGUUUUCAAUAUAAAUCUUCUAAUUUGGUGUUUCCUAACACUCCAAAAAUAAUUCACAUUGAAAAUCCUUUACUUAUAAAUAUUAUAUUAUAUCAUACAGUAGUUGUAAGUAACGUACUGUUUAUUAGCUAUGCUACAAUAGUGCAUUUAUUUAUUUAUUUUGUUUUUGUAACAGCAUUUAGAAAACUAAACAAUACUAUAAUUUUCCAUUAUAAAUAACGUACAUGUCAUCACUUUAAAGUUUAAACACUACUUUUUACCAGCAUUUUCAGUUUUUAACUAAUAAAACAUUUCUAAUUUAUCCUAAACUAGAUAAAAAAAAAAUGUAUACUAAAUUUAAACAAACACAUCUUAAAAAAUAAAUAAAUUAAAUAAAUGUAACAAUUUAAAGAACAAAAUUUUUUUAAUUUUAUAUAAUUUUACUGUAUGAUGUAUAAUUAAAAAAAAAAAAUUCAUCCUAGCCUAAUAAAAACAAAAUGUAUAAUAUCUAAUAAAAAUAUAAGUGGUGAUGGGAGAAGAAUGAAUUUAUAAUCUGAAUAUUCAGAUAAGCUUAUACAUUAAAUGAGUUUAAAGUUCUAAAACUCGCCGUAAAUAUGAGUUGUGUUCAAAAAAUUACCAUUAGUUUAUCACCAUUAAAUUUACCAAUGUGUAUUAUAUUUUGAGUGCUCUUGGAUAAUGCAUUUCAAGUACCUAAUUUGUUUCACAAACUUUUAUUUUGCAUUUUUGAUGUCUUUCCAUUUUUAGAAAACUUAUAGCAUUUUAUUAAUUUAUUGUGUAUACUUAUAUUUAUAAUAUAUUGUAUAAGCUUUUGUUGUAAAUUGUGAAAUUCAAAAUAUUAUCUGUCAAAAAAUAAUGUUUUUGUAAUAUUUGUUUUAAUUCAUAGUUUUUAGGUGUUUUUUUUAUUUAUACCAAAUGUCAAUUUUUGUAAAUAUAUGUAGUGGUUUUCAACCUGUGCGUCACAGCUCCUAGGGGCAACUUCAGUUAUUAGGGAACCGCGCUCGCAGUAGAAAUUAAAAAUUUAAAAAAUAAAAACUUGAUAGAAUCUGUAAAAUUGUUAUUCAUGGAACACUUAUCACAAUUUAUUGUUCAAUUCCAAAAUUAUUUUUCUGAGGCCGAUCUUGAAAUGAGAAAAUGAGAAUCGCGCUUUAAAAAUGUACGGCAUUAUUUGAUAAUAUUAUGCAACAAAAACAAACACAGCUGUCCCACUAAAUAUUAAAAUUAUUAUUAUUGUUUAAAAAUAUUUCCUAUUAUUAAUAAUUACAUGUUUAUUUCAUUAUUAAAUAGAGUUAGAUUAAAUAAUGUAAAUUUGAUUAUUUUAAAUGUUCGUAUGGGUGCCGUAUAUGUUAUUUCAAAAUCAAAAGGAGCCGUGGAAACAAAAAGGUUGAAAACCACUGCAUUAACGUAUUAAUCUAAUCAAUAGCGGUUAUCAAAUGUGAUCUGGGGCUCUAACAAUUAACAACUAAUUGGUGAGUUGGAGAUUCUCACUAUCUCAUUUAUUUCGAAUACCUAUAAUGUGUUUAUUUAAUGUAUGUGUCUAAGUACAGUUAUGGAAUAUUUGUUAAUUUUAGAAAGCAACUAAUGUUCUCUGGGCACCUUUCAUAUUGUAAACAGAUGAUACCGCAUUCCUUUUGUUUGAAAAACAAUUUUAGAAAAGAUUGAAGACUGACUAUCAAAGAAACACAAUAUCCUUAUUAUGUUUUUAUAUUUUUUCAAUAUAAGUUUGUUCCUGGUAGUUGAAAUGACCCAAAUCAAAUUUUCUGUUUACAAGUUUUGAAAAUAUUAAAAUAAAAAUUUUCUUUUAAAAGAUCAAAAGUGAGCAAAAAAGAAUCAUUAAGGUUAGGCGCUGUGCAUUCAGCUCUUAUUGCUUCUUUUAGAGAAUUUUUAACAUUCAAAAAUAUAUUAGUGGUUUCAUACAAAUCACAAUCUCUUGACUUGGCCUCUCUGCAACUUGUUUCAUAAACUAAAAACUAUUUGAUAACAUUAAUGAUGCUAUUCGUAUUGCAAUUGGAGAUCUCAAUCCUAUAACUUUAGAAGAAAUAUUCAAGUACUAAUUUUUUUCAAAAAUAGUAGACCUUUGGAUUCACUGUAUUAGUGAAAUUACACAAUACUUUGAAGGCAAUCAAUUAUAUUAGUUCAACUUUUAUACAUAAUAUGCAAUACCGUUUAUCUGAAUAUUUUUUGAACAUAUAUCUUUUAUGCUAUUACUGUCAACUAGUGGUAUUUUAAUAACUAAAUAAUUAAAUACAUUUUACAGAUAAAUGCUAUAAUAUUAUAAUUAUAUUCAAUGUGUAAUGUAUACAAUUAUUAAUUAUAUAUACUAGAAUAUAUUGUUCUUUAGUUAUUAUCAAUUAUCAUAUUUAAUAUAGAAUAGUCAAUGAUUGUAUUUGUUUUUAGUCUAUCUAGUCUAUCAUAAAAAAAUAAUAAAGAUCAAAUUAAUAUUACUAAUUUUUUUAUAAAAUGUAUAGUAUUUUUUUUUUUUUUGCUUUCUUUAUAGUCAGUUUUUAUUAAUCAACAUAUAAAUAUAUUUUCUUAAAUAAUAAAUUUGAGUUUAAAUGAUUAAUAGGCAUGUAUAAUUAAUAAAAUAAGAGCUUUUGAAUUAAUUGUGUAAUAUAUAUUUAAAUGCAAACAACAAAAAAAUUAUAUUGAACAAUAAGUUCUUAAUAAUAUGUAUAAUUAAAUUAAAUUCAUAAAAAAAACUCAUGCAAUUAAUCAAUUACAAUAGUGUAAAAAAGAUCAAGAAUCCUUUCUACUGUAUUCUAUUUAUUUAGUGCAUGUAUUAUUUAGUUUUAAUUUUAAAUUACAUUUAAAUAUACCUAAUGAAAAUUAGUAAAAUGUUAUUACAUGUAUUUUAUCUACGAUCUAAACAAUAAUAAAAUGCUAGAAUUAGAAGCGUUUGAUGAAAGAUUUUUGAGUAAUGGCUAAGUAUAGUUUAUAGUAAUAUAAUUUAAUGUAUUUAUAAUAUUCUGUUGUACUUCAGUAUCGAAUACUAAAAAAAAAAAUAUAUACUUUAAGACUCGUAUAAUAUCAAGCAAAUUUAGAAAAGUAUUAUUAUUUAUUGUUCCUCUUUUAAGGUUUUGACCUUAGGAUUUUACUGCUUAGUGCUUAUCUAUAAUAUUAGUGAUUCUUUCAUAACAAAUUAUUGCUGAUCGGGUAGCCGUUAUUUCUACUGACUCAUUUUGAAUGAGGCAUUCAGAGCAUUUGAUGCUAUAAACUAUGCUUUGGUUUAGGUAGGUUUAAAUGUUGAUACUAGUAAAAUGAUAUACUUUUAUCUUAUUCCCAAUUUUAUAAAAUAUUGUUAUAAUUAUUUUGAUGUAUUGAUGUAUCAAGUGAUUUGUAAUUUGUCAAAAACACUUAGUUUUUAUUGUCAACCAAUCUAAAUGUUUUUGCUUGCAUAUUAAUCAAAUACGUGUUCUCGGAUUUACCUGAAAGAAUAGUGCACUUUUACUCCUUGUCUUGUUUAGGUAGUGACGUUAUUCAAUUUUUAAGUAGAAUUUGGUUUAUGUAUAAUAAUUAAUAUGUACCAUAAUAUUAGAUAUAAAGCGAAUAAAUUGUAUUCAAAACUGAUUUCAAUAGCGAGGCACUUAACAUUGUGUAUUUAAGUGGAAAUAAAAAAAAAAAAAGCAAGACUCGUGUACAAAUUAGCUUUAAGUCUAGAAUGUAAUUGAUAAUGUUUGAAAUAA